AGCACCUUAAGAAUGUCGUUGUCAGCAACAAAUAUGAAGAGACGCGUUAGAUUCUGUUUUAUUUGUGAAACAAUUGACGAUAAAGAAAAUGGUGUUAGUGAUACAUUUGGGCGUUUUGAAGUUACCAAGAAGAGAUUUUCUGAGUGGGGGAAAAAUAUUCCUAAACCUGGAUUGCAAAUUUGCUCCCCCAUCUGUGGUCGGCAUUUUGAUAUCGCAGACAUUGUGAAAGGGAAAGAAAUCGGAGGAGUUUUCUAUCCAUUUAAGAUGUGGAAGCUUAAAGACCAAGCUAUACCUAAACACUUACUCAGCGAGUUUGGUGAUGAUCGUCCUGCUGGAUUUUCCAGUACUUCCAAAACUAAAAAAGGUGUGCUAACUAAACGGAACCCUUUUGCCGAGUGCAACACUGCAAAUCACCAGCCUCCCGUCACAUCCAAAGCUUUUAAGAUUGGUGUAUGUAAUACUUCUAGUCCUCAUGACCAAUUGAUGGUCGAUGCCAAUCCUGGAUUUGAAUUUGUUUCACAAGACAUCACUAGUUCUACAGUGAUCCAGGAAGUAGAAACAGAUUCCAAUUGUUACCCCAUGGAUGAAGUUCCUUCCACCAACAUGGAGUUUCAAGGCGACCAAGUGAUUCCAGCUGGUCAAAGGGUGACAGUUCAUGAUAUUCGUUACGGUCAACCACUCUCGGACAUGUUAACUCCGGUUGAAUCCGUAGCAACAGAUGCUGGUUGCCACCAAAUUAAUGAAGCGCCAGCACUCAGUAUUGCCGAUCCUCAGUCCGUUUCUGACGUUCCUGUCCCUUUACACGAAAACGAGUCUUCUGUUCGGAAUGAGUCAAGCACAACGAGUUUCGACUUCGAUUUGUUAACACGCGUUGUUAACCUUCCCAGCAAAUGGCGUUGGGAUACUGUCGACCACAGCUGCUACACCACGAUUAUGUCUGGGAAGGAGUUUGUGCACAAGAUCAUUUUAAUAAAAAACACAUUGCUUACCUUCUUCAUGAACGGAAGAGAGUUCAUCUUUCCAUUUCUCAAAAACAAGAUAUUCUAAACCACAAGAAACUCUCUACUGUUGUAUCAGUUGAAAACACGGAUGUUAAUAAAAAAUGUGAUAAUUGAA